CCACCACCACCACCACCACCACGGUGGCGGCGAUUAUUACGACGUCGACGACGACGUUGAUGAUCAUUACGGGCCGUCGCGUCGCCGCCGCUCCCAACGCCGCCGAUCGUCGUCGACGCGCAUGGACGACGGCGAUCCACACGAUUAUCAUCAUCGUCAUCACGAUCCUUCUUCUUCGUCGUCGUCGUUGACGCACGUCCCACCGCCACCUACUACGCGACCGUCCGCCGAUCACGACGACGACGACGACGUGCGACAACGCGUCGAUCACGGCGACGACGAACACGACGUCGUCGACGACAAUAAUCGUCGUCCAUCGAAUAAUCGACGCUCGUCCUCUAUGCCCGAAAGCAGCGAGUACGCGGCGAGCCAGAGCAGCUCCUACGAGAAGCCGAGCAGCUCGGAUCGCAGGUAUCCGGGCGACGAGCGCCAAGACCAUCGGCGCAACGGCAGCGUCAAGAGGGGCCAGUUAACCAGGAGCUUCAGCAAUUCCGAGGCGCCGGCCGACGACAAAAUCGACGGCAGCCUCAGCGACACGGCGGUAGGUCUGCAUCCGGACGACAACGCGAGGCGCGAAAGCAAACGAUCGUCGAGCAACAAGGGAGGCGGCGCCGGUGGUGGCAGCGGAACCGACGGAGGAGGAGGAGGCGGGGGCGGUAGCAGCAGCGGCGGCAGAAGCGGUGCCGGUGGUCAGUACCAGUCCGGUAGCGGCGGAAUGGGCAAGAAGAGCAACAGCACCAGUCAGUUGUCGGCAACAGUGGGCGAAGAGGGCCGGAAGCGCAGGCUCGGCUUCGGCAAGAAGGGCAAGUCCUCGUUCACCGUGCACAGGAGCGAAGAGGUGCUGCCCGACCAGCAGGCGCAGUCCGACAGCGGCCGUAGCGCCCGACAGCCGAGCUCGGCCAGCAGCGACGGCGAGGCCGAGGGUAGCGGAGACGGGGACAGCUGGUCACCGGGUUUGCGCACGUACACCGAUCCCGGCCAGCUGAACGAGUUCAUCGAGGGCCUGGGUCCCGGCCAACUGGUCGGCCGACAGGUUCUCGGCGCGCCGGCGCUCGGCGACAUUCAGCUCUCGCUGAGCAACACCAAGGGCUACCUCGAGGUGGAGGUGGUUCGUGCGCGCGACCUGCAAAACAAACCCGGCAGCCGAGUCUUGCCAGCUCCGUACGUGAAAGUUUACUUGGUGAACGGUAAAAAGUGCAUAGCAAAGGCCAAAACGGCGACGGCCAGAAAGACGCUGGAACCGAUGUACCAACAGCCCCUUGCCUUCAGAGAAAACUUCAACGGAUGUAUUUUACAGGUGACGGUCUGGGGCGAUUACGGGCGCCUGGAAGGGAAAAAAGUGUUUAUGGGCGUAGCUCAAAUAAUGCUGGACAAUCUGAACCUCAACGAAGUCGUGUUCGGCUGGUACAAGUUGUUCGGAACGACGUCCCUGGUCAGUGGGCCACCUUCUAUUGGCUUGUCGCGACGAUCUUCCGCGGCCUCCCUCGAUUCGCUGAAAUUUUGAGAGCACCUGCGACGCGCUUCGCUGCAAUUCAGCCGCGCCAGUCUUUAUUGAUUCGUAUAUAAACAAAUGACCAUACUUGUACUACCUCGCUUAACAUGAUUUUUUGUUUGUUUUCUUGUUUUCCGUAAAGAGGUGCGCGCGCAAAGUGCAAAAUUUCAUGCGACGAAGCGACCAAGUGUCACAUCGAGGGUGAGCCGUGCGAACGCAAUACGAACUCCAUUAUUACAUUCAGAUAUGAUCGUUUAUAAGCUAAUAUAGAACACACGAGUGAUGAGCGAUGAACGAUGUUGGUACUUGAUAAUGCACUAGAUCUUGACUAACGUCAUUGUAGCACAUCACACGUGAAUCACACGCGCAUAGCGGCGAAUACAAAUAUAGAGCGAGAGAGAUAAAGCAAAAAUAAUGCGAGCUCCUAGUUAUCUCUGUAUUUCGCAAUUGAGACUGAAAAUAGAGGUAGUGGGUAGAGCGGCGUGAUCAUGUUCCUGCAGAACGCCAGAUUAUAGAUUUUAUUCCAAUAGUGAAACGACGAUAAACGGAUCUCUAAUGAGUGUCAACAGCUCUAUUUAUUACAUUUCAUGUGCAUAAACAUUUAUGUGCUGUGCUAAUGAACGAAGAUGACCUAAACUAUAAAAACCGAGACUCAAAAAUAAAGGUUUUAUAAAUUUGUUUGUGAAACUCUCAUUACGAACUACAACUUGGAAAAACGAAGAUUCAAAAUGCUGAAUUGAAGAAAUCUUGGUGAUUUCCGAAGACUUACGACUUCUCUACUCUCUGUGCAACAAAGAAAAAGUACUAAACAAAUGUAGUUUUUACGAAGCUAAGAAAAGACGAACUUGAUGUCGCAAACUAAAUUUAGUUAAACUAAUUAUAUAUUAUAUACAUAAGAAGAUAUAAAUAUAUAUAUAGAUAUAUAAAACGAAGAAUAUUAUAAU